AUGCGAUUAUUUGCUGGUGAUAUUCGCUCGCAUGCAACCGCCAGUGCUCUUUGGGGAACAUUGGAAUCUACAGUUGUCGCACUUUUUGAUCACCUAUAUUUUCCUGAAUCUUCGGAGUCUAACGACCUGCUUCCUAUAGCGAUGGACCCGAUCAUUCAAUUUUGGGAAUGGUGGAUCUUGCAGGAGUCGGCACGACGAACCGUCCUACUCACCUUCUAUUUCAUUCAGAUAUCUAAAGUGCUACAAGGAGAUAUUCCCGUGCACUGUGAUGGGAAGCUUGGGCUUAAGCAUGCCUGGUACAUGUCAGCACAUCUAUGGAACUCUCAAAGUGCGUUUGACUUCGCAGUGGCAUGGGCGGAGAAAGAGCAUUUUGUUAUCCGAGAUAUCGAUUUUACGGUAGCCCUAGAGGAGGCCCGUCCAGAUGAUGUAGAUAUCUUUGCUCGGAUGCUCAUGGUCACCAUAGUUGGUAUCGAUGCUGCGAAGGCAUGGUUCUAUGCAAGAGGCGCUAUCAUAUAUCACGGUGCCGCCGACCAGGCUCUGGCCAAUGCCGGCGAGAUGAAGCUGCCCAGCCUGUCGCCGAAGGAGGGCGACGACAGCUCGCUCAAGAUCAAGAUUAGACUGGACCUUCACGCCAAGGUCCGCCUGGAACUGGACGCGCAGAUAUACGGUGAUAUCACGAUUAGCCUGCUGCAAAUUCCACCAGCUAUGAUUUGCUAA